CAAAGGUAAAAAAAAAAAAAAGGUUAACUAUGAGCAGCGAAAUAGAACCAACCCCUCCAGCUUCUCCGUCAUCUCUAAAACAAAAGCUGAAAUCUUCUCUGCGCCUUCCAUGGCUCCGCAACCACAGCCACCGCCAUCAUCACCACCAACGCGUAGCCGUAAGUGCGUCAACAACUCCUCUUCCGACCCCUAGUACAAGCCCUCAGGGUAACAACCAUAACAAGCCAGGGCUGAGCAGGACAUCGUCCUCUACGUGGCUUAAGUCCCCGGAGUUUAAAGACAAGUGCCGUAAUUUGAUUAACCGCAUUGGACAUGGUCCUGGUCACCGUCAUAGCCGCAGCCUCAGCCACAGCAAUGGUCAUGGUUAUCAAGGCUACAACCACGGCCACGGGAGACGGCACUCUGCGGAUUUUCGAUAUGAUCCGUCGAGUUAUGCGUUGAAUUUUGAUGAAGGGAGCGACGAUAGCCAACUUGAUGGGUUCCCUUUCAGAAACUUUUCUGCUAGGUUGCCACCAUCUCCUACUUCUUCUAGGAAAAUCACGGCUAAUAAUUAAAAACA